AUGGCAGAAUCCGGUGAAGGUGGCGGCAAUGGUGGUGCCGGAGAAGGAAGAAGCCACACAAGGGCUGAAAUCGAGGCCCCACGGCCACGAAUCGACGAUCAAACGUCGGUAGGGCCUUCGUCGAGCAUUGGCGCAGAUAGUGCAGGCGGCGACGACGGCGGUGGUGGCCAUGCAGUAGAAGUUGGCGGUGGCGAUGGGCGGCGGGCCGGCGGCAGCAGCAGCCAUGGUGGUGGUGAUGAUGGUGGCCGACCGGAGACACCGGUGAGAGAUCCGGCGAGGGGCAAGGGUCCUGUGGUUGAGGAGGGAGCGUUCGGAGAGGUACCCAUGGGGGAGGUGGAGUUCAGGCCUGCAGCAGGGUCCUCGGUGCACGUACCCAUCACUCGGGGGGACUUUGCCGAGUUUGUGUCCAAGGAAGAACUCGGCCGGUUGCUCCGUGAGAACCCGGGGGGUAGUGGCUGCAGUGCUGGCAGCACGAGAGGAUAG